CAGCGGCAAGCGCGCGCGGGCGGCGGGGUUGCUUUGUGACGAGUGGCGGCGGGUUCGGGUCCCGGCGGCGGCGGCGGCAUGUCCCGCGUGUCGGUGCUGGGGGUGUCGGUGCUGGAGAACCCGAGCCCGUUCGGCCGCCCGCUGCGCUUCCAGGUGCAGUUCGAGUGCGGGGAGGCGCUGCCGCACGACCUGGAGUGGAAGAUCAUCUAUGUGGGCUCUGCGGAGAGUGAGGAGUAUGACCAGGUGCUCGACUCUGUUCUGGUGGGGCCUGUCCCAGCUGGGAGGCACAUGUUUGUGUUUGAGGCCGAAGCCCCCAACCCCAGCCUGAUCCCUGAGAGCGACGCAGUGGGGGUGACUGUGGUGCUCAUCACCUGCACCUACCUGGGCCAGGAGUUCAUCCGUGUGGGCUACUACGUCAACAACGAGUACACGGACCCCGAGCUGCGGGAGAACCCCCUCAAGCCAGACUUCUCCCAGCUGCAGAGGAACAUUCUGGCCUCCAACCCCCGUGUUACCCGCUUCCACAUCAACUGGGACGGCCCCAGCGACCAGAUGGAGGACAUCGAGAACGUGGACCCAGAGCCUGAGGGUGUGCUGUCUGCCAGCUGCACCUCAGCCAAGGGACCGGGCACUGCCCUCUGCAUCCUACCUGAGAAUUCCAUGGACUGCAUGUGAUCCGGGGCACGGCCAGACCUGGACACGGGAGCCCAAGGAUACAGCCACUGCGUGGGGAAGGGGAUCGGACUGGCUUCACGGGGGCUGCAUCCAAGUACUGCGGGGAAGUGGUACCAAGUAUCAGCGGGGAAACCUGGA